GUCUUCAUGAGGGAACUUGAGAUCUCAAUAACAAAUUAGGCCACUACACGCUCCUCACCGUCUAUAAAACUUAAACGAUCAUCGCAUUACGAGAAAAUAUUAACUUGUGGACUUUUUGAAGAGCGUGCGUGAUGCAAUCACUGGUUAACUGAUAAUCUCUCGGACGUUGACGAAUCUCUGGAGUAUAAAAGCGGUAAAAUUGAAAAACAGAAUAGCACAUUACACAGUGAAACGUCGAGUGUAUCACGUUAACAAUACUCUCGCUCUCUCUUUACUCUCAAAGUAAUCACUAAAGUACUCUACCAGGCAAAUAUAUAUAAAUAUAACAGUGUUCUAAAUGGAAGUGUUUCGGAUUAUUUGAGUUCACCUCCUAGUAUAUAUAUAUACUUUCCCGAUUAUUUCGUCCCACAAAGAGCACAUUUGCAAUUUUACAGCCUGACUCCAAAAAAGCUACAUAACUAUUUUCCUUUCGAUACCAAAAAUAAUCAUCCCUAAAAGCAGGUACAAUGUAUCGAAUCGUGAUUUUCCUGAUGCUUUCCUCCAAUUCACUAUUCACCAAUUCUGCAUCACUUCCUUCCAAAGGUGAAUAUGAUUCAAUGCACCCGCAAUUGCCUAUUAUAAAUGAUGGAAUUGUAAAUGAGAAUGGACGUGUUAAGCGCGGAGCACUACCUCUGAAAUUCAUAGCACCCGAAAUGGAGACUCACAGUGAAUAUUGGACUAAUAUGGCACAAAAUAUUCUACAGUUGCAAUUACGGAAAAAUCAUCUCAACAAGAAUAUGGCCAGAAAUGUUAUAUUCUUUAUUGGGGAUGGGAUGUCCAUUGCAACUGUGACAGCUAGUAGGGUGUAUAAUGGUGGUGAAGAGCAGCAAUUAUCAUUUGACAAAUUCCCCUACUCUGGACUAUCAAAGACUUACUGUGCCAAUACCCAAGUCGCGGAUUCUGCAUGCUCAGCCACAGCAUAUUUGGGUGGUGUUAAGGCGAACUAUGCUACCCUGGGCGUGACUGCAUCAGUGGCCCUGAAUGACUGUAGUGCAGAAAACAGAACGACCAACCAUGUGGCAUCAAUUGCCGAAUGGGCUCAGCGAAAUCAAAUGUCCACUGGCUUCGUGACCACUACGGAAGUGACAAACGCCUCACCAGCCGGACUCUAUUCCCACUCGGCCAAUCGCAACUGGGAGAAUGAUCGACAAUUGAUAGCAGAUGGUGGCAAUCCUGAUACUUGCACAGAUAUCGCAAGACAAUUGAUCCAUGGGAAAAUUGGCGAGAAACUCAAUGUUAUCAUGGGUGGUGGACGUCGACACUUCUUACCAGAAUGGGAAACCGAUAUUGAUGGCCUACCCGGUACCCGUGGUGAUGGUGUAAAUUUAAUCAAACAGUGGAAGCGUCACCACAGAAAGCAUGUGGCACGAUAUGCUGAGACACGUGAAGAACUCCAACAGGUGAAUGGAGCGACAGUUGAUUAUCUCUUUGGCCUCUUCAGCAACGAACACAUGCCAUUCCACCUGGAAGAGGAGGCAGCACAGAAGCCCACCCUCACAGAUAUGGUCUCGAAGGCACUCGAUGUUCUGGAGAAGAAUGACAAAGGGUACUUGCUCUUUGUCGAAGGUGGAAGGAUAGAUCAUGGUCACCAUAAGACACAGGCAGCACGUGCUCUCGAUGAAACCAUUGAAUUCUCCAAGGCCAUCGAACAUGCCCGUCUCAGGACAAGCGAAAAAGACACUCUAAUCAUCGUGAGUGCUGACCAUUCUCACACAAUGGCAAUGGCAGGAUAUUCCAGCCGAGGAAAUGAUAUUCUAGGCAUAAAUAAUGCACAAAUAGGACUCGAUCGCCUUCCUUAUGCCACCUUAAGCUAUGCAAAUGGACCAGGAUAUGAGGUACACGAGGAACAGACGGGUGGACGAAGGAAUUUACUGAAGCUCAAUAUGCACAGGCAGACAUUUGAAUUCCCAUCAACAAUACCACUGGCAGAAGAGACUCACGGUGGUGACGAUGUACCAGUCUACGCAAGUGGACCCUGGGCCCAUAUCUUCACUGGGACAUACGAGCAACACUACAUACCACAUGCAAUUGGCUAUGCUGCAUGCAUUGGUGAUGGCCUGCACUCAUGUACAGAUGAAUAGAUUAAUUCAAUUAGCCAUGGAUGUUACACAAAUCAGAAAGCCCACCCAGUUGAGGUUCAGCAGAAGCAUCACUCAAAUUUUCUCUCAGUAUCUUUGUUGUUCCUCAACGUCAAAUAAGACAUAUCAAUUAUUUAUUUUCAAUAACCCUCAUUAUUUGUCUCAUUAUCACAUUUUUUUUUCUUUUUUUUUUGUAACUCGUUAUUUUAGUACUUAAGACCCACAAAUUGAUAUUGAAAAAUAUGCAAAUUGAAUAAAUUGAGUUUAUUCAAUCAA